CGUGUUUCAGUUUCAUGGUUUCAUGGAUAAGGAAUGAUUUUUUUUUAUUAUAUGCGCGGAACUUUGCGCAGUUGAUUGGAAAUUCUGAAACGGACGCCUAACGGCCAAAAUAAAUUCAAGUUUACAAGUUUACACGUGUGUGGACGUGAGGUUGGCAGUGGCAGGUAGGCCAUAGUUUGAAAAAGUUUUUGUAACUUUAUUGUUUCCCCAAAAUCGUGAAUAUCAUGUCAAAAAUUAGCAAAAAGGGAAGGAACCCUGGAGCAGUAGACAACUGGCUAGAUACACUGGGAUUAUAUAGAAAAAACGUUGCUUAUGAUGAAACAUGCUUAUUCAGAGCAGUCAGUGAACAGCUGUUUGAUUGUCAAUUUUACCAUGAAAGAGUACGCAAAGAAUGUAUAUCAUAUGCAAGAAAGAACUAUGAACAGUUUUCAAACCUGGUAUCUUCUAAAACACAGUGGAGUGAACAUCUGAAUAAACUAGAAAAACACAUGGUAUUUUGUGGAGACAUAGAGUUGAACAUCAUCAGCAAAAAGUACAAUCGGGAUGUGAUAUUAUUUGAUGCCUCCAAACAGGAAAUAGUUGAUUUCACAAAGAUGAACCUUCCAAGUGUUUUUCUUCUUUGUCUGAUGGACAGAGAUCAUUUUGAUGUGGUCUACAAGAGAGAACACAUUGCUUCAGCUGGGUUUUGUCAAUUAUACUUGAUAGAUAAAAUGCAAACUAUUUCAGCUAUUAUUUACAAAAUUCUGUACCAGAAGGUAUUCAAAAUUCCUGAUGUUGAGGAAAUAGUAAACAGUAUGCUGUAUGACAAGAACAUUCUUACUCAGGGUGAGGUACAGAUAGAGGAAAAUAAAGAAUUGGCUGAAAGUUCUGAGUCUGAACUAACACCUCUAGAAAAUGUACUUUCAUUUGAGUGUGAUGAGAAAACUUCUACCAAUAUUGCCCCUUUUCCAUUCAAAGUAGCCAAAGCUUUGGAUCCAAAUAUCUACAGGAAUAUAGAGUAUGAUUCAUGGGGUGAAUUGAGAAGGGAAAUGCGAUUAGGGGAGUGGUACUAUGGUGAUGAUAAACUGAUAUUAGGAACAAAAUGCAUAUUCAAUGAUAUUGAUACUAAUGAGAAAUUUGAUUGUUACAUUCAGGAAAUUUUGAAAGGACAAAACAAAUGUGUUGUGUUCCUCACAAAAGUAGCAGAGAAGAAAACAGUAGACUACUCCAGUUUAUCACCUGAAAAUGAUGCCAAACCAUGGCCAUUACCUUACAGGUUUAUGAAGAAUUGUGUAAUAAGUGGGCCAAAUACUAGUUCUCCUCCAGUUGAAAAAUCUGCAUUGAAGACAAAAAGAAAGUAUAAAGACAAGAAGCGCACAAAAAGUGAGAGUAGUAUCAUUUCUACCAAUAUUCAAAUUAAAUCAGAUGUUGAAAAUGUUGAGGACUAUGUUGGUAUACCACUGCAAAUGCAGAACUUGUCGAACUCCCCCCCUUACGCCCUUACUCCCCAGCAAGACACCCCCACAGAGCCCCAACCAGACCCGGCCCACGCGGCGUUGCAGCCCGACGCGGCCUGCCCUGCCGCCCCACCGCGUUACCAGCAACCCUGCGAGGCUGCCCACUGGCAGCCCUGUCUGGCGCCGGCGCCCGAACAGUUCGUGUGGCCGCAGAGUCCUGGCCUGACCCAGGGCGUGUUCAAUUUCAAGCCGAUGGUCGCGUCGGCGCCAGUCACCCCCAACGUCGUGCCUUAUCAUGGUUUUUUUAUCGAGGAUCAUAACUCUUCCAGCAUGAGUGCUUCACAGGCAGGGUUAUAUAUCAGGGUUUCAAAAAGUUAUGAUUACAAAAUUGAAAAUCUGCCCUAUCUGGCGCCGGCGCCCGAACAGUUCGUGUGGCCGCAGAGUCCUGGCCUGACCCAGGGCGUGUUCAAUUUCAAGCCGAUGGUCGCGUCGGCGCCAGUCACCCCCAACGUCGUGCCUUAUCAUGAUCCGAACUACCCCUUUUACUACAACUACCACGUCGAACCGUACCAAACCUACCCGCAAUGGUCUUCCCCUCCGCCCUUCGAGCUGCAACCCCCACCACCUCCCAAGAACGAGGUGGAAAAAGUGGAGGCUGCCAAGUCUCAGUCUGUCGAGCAGGUCGGUGCUGCUGAGCAGACCGCUCCUCAGUACUGUGCGAGGAACGAGAUGGGCACGCAUGCGCACGAAAGGCCUCCGCCGUUGAGUUUCGCCCCGCAGAGCCCCAGUGUGGAGGUUUACCCGCAGAUGAUGACUCUGCCUCCAGGCACCCCCGUAUUAUACGCGACCACACCCCACGAAAUGACCGAAAUAGUGAUGCCAACCACCCCCAUAAUGUACAGCCCGCACAUGGAAAUGUCUUACAACCCUUUCAUUUACCCCCCGACUCCCCCGCCUUCUUGGUACGCCGCUGGGGUCACCUCACAAGGUUUCUUCUUUCCCCCCAGGCAUACCUGAGGCGGUUUAGGUUAAGUUUUUGUUUGUUCCUUUAUUUUUGUUAUCUAUUUUUUAUCAUUAAUGAUCAAUGUUUAUGGUGGAGUAGAAAAAAAAUCGACAGAAAUUUUCCUCUGGAUCUAGAAAAAUUCCAUUCACGGAAUGAAAAAACAAGUUUUUUGUCUUCAAAAACCUAAACUGAAAAUGCUUUGUUAGCUUUCAAAUACAAAUGAAGACUUGAUGCAAAAAUUAUUGUCCCUUAGGAAUACUUUUAUAUUUCGAUUUUCAAUUUAAAAAUUGGGUUAAACAAGUAAAACAAUAAAUGAUUCUUGGGAAAAUACUAUACAGGGUGGGCCACCAGUAACGCCUCGGUCUCUAGAAGGCUAACCACUUAUCUUCUUGGAAAUCUUCAUCUCUAGGAAGUUGCAUGUCAACAUAGGCUACCAUUUAAAAUUAUUUCGAAACAUACAGGGUGUCUCCAAAAACCAUAAAACACUGAAGUUAAACUUUUUUCUAUCGAACACCCUAUAUAUUAUUUCAUUUUGAGAUUCUCCCUGAUGAGCUGAUUUCAACGAGCCAUCAUACUUAGGGUCUAGCAGUUAUAAUUACUGAAAUAUAGGGUGUGAAAAAUCGAGAUUUUCCAAGUUCAAGAAUUUUUUGUGUCUAAACCAUUCAUAAUUGGCCAAAACGGUUCACAUGUCCCUAUCUCAACUUUCGAUCAACUAUCUACUGACAUUUAAUUGAAACAAAUACAGGGUGAUCAAGAUUCUGAAUUCUGCACCACCCUGUAUUUGUUUCAAUUAAAUGUCAGUAGAUAGUUGACAAAAGUUGAGAUAGGGACAUGUGAGCCGUUUUGACCAAUUAUGAAUGGUUUAGACACAAAAAAUUCUUGAACUUGGAAAAUCUCGAUUUCUCACACCCUAUAUCUCAGUAAUUAUAACUGCUAGACCCCAAGUAUGAUGGAUUGUUGAAAUCAGCUCACCAGGGAGAAUCUCAAAAUGAAAUAAUAUAUAGGGUGUUCGAUGGAAAAAAGUUCAACUUCAGUGUUGUGUGAUUUUUGGGGACAUCCUGUAUGUUUCAAAAUAAUUUCAAAUGGUAGCCUAGAGAGGAAGAAUUCCAAGAAGAUAAGUGGUUAGCCUUCUAGAGACCGAGGCGUUACUGGUGGCCCACCCUGUAUAUACAGAGUGAUCCAUACAUUUUAUUUAUGGAGCGAUUUUCACGUAUUUUUUUAUGUAGUGGAGGAAAAGGUGUAUUUUGGAGCUAAGCAACGUCAACUUUUUUGAAAAACCAAGACCUACUAGACUAGAUCUGAUUUAGAGGCUGAAAAAUCCAUUGGUACAGAUCUAUUUCAGAGGACGCUUAUAUGGAUUCUGAAUAUUUUCGCCUCUGAAUGUGAUCCAGUGUGCCUUGAUUUUUUGACAAAAUGAACGCCGCUCAGCUCCAAAAUACACCGUUUCGCUGUCUACAUUCCAAAAAAAAAUUGUGAAAAUCACUUCAUAAAUAAAAAAAUUAUGAGGGUGGCUUGCUUUCAAAUGAGGCACUCUGUAUAUACAUAUGACUUUUUGAUUACCUCUUGUAAUUGUGCAAUUCGAAGAAUGACAUCAACUGUUUUUUUCUCUAACCAUUUGUAAGUAACAGGUUGCAUUUUAUGUAUUACUGUAAAUAUUGAUCAUCUAUGUCUUUUUCACCAUUAAUUGUUAUUUUGUCUCUACUGGUGUAGAGACUCAGAUGUUUUUAUUUUAUUUAAUGUUUUUCAAAUAGUGGAAGUACUAAAUACUGACAUGAUAUCAAGAAGUUUUCUUUUUAAUUUCAUGACAUCCACUCUAAUCAUAUAUUACAAUCCUCAAGCAAUACAUUUUCAGAUUUUUUGUUCGAAGCGUGAAAUAUGUUGGAAUAUUUUAAAUUCCACAAUUCAAAGAACAAAAUUGGCUCAGGAAAAUGUUUUGUAAUGAUAUUUUACGAAGAGUAUUACUUUAUUUUUUUUUUAGAAAUAAGUUUAUGUUGUUUAUAGUAUACAUUUGUUUUACAAGACUUGUUACUUUAUUUUUUUCUUGGAAGACUGUUAUAGUUCAUAAUAUAUGAACUACUUAGUGCCUUAUCUGAAAGGAAAAGAAGUACCCAUGAAUUUUUUUGUAAUUUCUCAAUGCUUGCUCAAUACUAUUUCUACAAUGAUGAUUAUUUCAAUUCAUUAUAGACAAUUACAAAGUAUUGACUAUCAAAAACAAUUAUCUCAAACUUAUUCUUAUGGUCUUUUGAAAUGUCAUGGGUGAUUCAAAUAAUUUUUUUCAUACACGUAUUACUCACUAUGUGGCUGUGAAUGUAGUGCCUUCGAGAUACUCGACGAUUUCCAUAAAAACCAUGUUCCUCUUAUUUUUUAGAAUCACAUUAUUCUACAUGUGAAACUUGUGUUGUAUAUUGUUAAUGUUAAGUACAGGAUGGCUGGAAUUAGAGCCUCAUCAGUGGGAUUUCGUGAACCGUAAGAGAUACAGGGUCGGUUGAAUUAUGGCAAUGUCGCGAAAUUUUAUGCCUAACGACGUUUCCAAAUUUGAAUUUUUUUUUGUAAAAAACUAAAUAUUUGCAAUUUCAUUUUUAUUUUUUUAUGACCCUAUUUAAAUAGAUGUAACAAAACAAGUAGCAUAUUCUAAUUAAUACUUUUCUAGAAGAUGUUGUUAUCAGAUUUUCAAACCGACGUUUCAGCCUUGAGCUGCCAUUAUCAACUAUAAAAUUUGGUUUUUCAAAUACGGCCCUGUAUUUUUUAUUAUGGCUUUCAAGAGCUUUCAAUCUCCUGAUAUCUAUUCUCUUCUCUCUCUAACACAUGGGUUCUUAUGGAAAAUGCCAUCAAUAUGAAUUUUUGGAAUAAGUGCGAUACACCAUUAGUUUUGGGCGAUUAAAAGCUCUUAAAAUCCAUAUUAUGAAAUCUAGGGCCAUACUUGAAAAAACAAAGUUGGUGGUGGCACCUCAAAGACGAAACGUCGGUGAAAAUCUGAUAACACCAUCUUGUAGAACAGAAAAACUAGCAAUGAGUAUGGUUAAUUUUGUUUGCCACAUCUAUUCAAAUAUGGUCAUAAAAAAAAUAAUUAAAUCGCGAAUAUUCAGUUUUCACAAAUCUUUGGAAGUAUUCGGGAUUUUUCAAAUAUCAAAACGGUAUUUUGUAAUGCCUGAAAUUACGCAACUUCGCCAUAGUUAAACCGUCCCUGUAUCUCCUUUUACGGUUUACGAGAUCCCAAUGAUAGGGCUCAAAUUCAGGCCACCCUGUACAUAUGUUACAAAUAUGAUAAAUAGUAUAACGUUAGAUUAUUGCCAAGACUAUUUCAAUAUAGCCAUUAUUUGUUCAUGCUAUUGACUGGCAAUAUUAGUAAUAGGUUUAAUGUUAUGUUCAAGGAUUACCAUUUUGUUUUUUCAAGAGUAUAUUUUAUUUUUUUAUGUUUACCAAGUUUAUUAAAUGAAACGUAUUUCCA